UGUCGAUGGACGAUGGACGGUGGCCAUUUCGCCAAAGGUGCACACUGUGUCCAUGGCCUGGAAAGCUUUGAAAUGUGGAACGCCCAGGCUGCCGAGCCUGCCAGGACGCGCCCUAGCCUCGCCCUUUGGCUAGAGCCCAGCCGAAAAAGGCAACCGGCAGGGGUCAGCAGGGUGGGCCCAGGGAGCGCAGGGGCCAGGGAGCUCACCCCAAACAAUCGUGUGCCUCGCGUUGUUGAGGUGAAAGACUUCCCUGUCCCUCCUCUCCACCACAGCUUGUCAAAAACCCCUUGCCUCCCUGCCCUCUUUGUCUCCGUCUCUGUCUGUCUGUUCUGAAUUCUUAUUCUCCCUCCUCCGUCCCUAGUGCCCCAUCCCCUCACCAGGUCGCCUGCCUCGUCCCCUCGCUGGAUCGUUUCGACGGGCACUCCCUAAAGCACCCCGUGUACCAUCCAAACCCUCAAAGGUUCAAACAAACUCGGAACAAAAAGAAAGGUUCUGCAUCUCCCGUCUUUACCUUGAGCCAGCCACCGGCGUCCAGCGGGUUACUACUCCCCAGCUUCCCUAAUCGCGUCCACCGACCGAAUCUAAUAUCAAAAUAAUUCACAAUGGCCAAGUCAUCGACACCCAUCCAGCUCAUCCCACGCAUGACGGCGAAGGGCCCCUUCACUGUUGAAGUUCCCGGCCAGACUCCCGUCGAGGGCGAGACGCCAGUUCGCAGACAACCGCUGGCUAUCCCAGAAUUCGUCGAGCGGCCUGCUCCCGAUGUCACCACCGUCUAUGAGCUUGUCCGCGCCGCUGUCGCCAAGUACGGCAAUGCCAAGUGUGUGGGGUCCCGCAAGCUCGUCCGGACACACCAGGACAAGAAGAAGAUCAAGAAGAUUGUGGAUGGUGUCGAGACCGAGGUGGAGAAGUCAUGGACCUUCUUCGAGAUGAGCCCCUAUGAGUACUACAGCUACACCGAGUACGAGCAGUUGAUUCUGCAGCUCGGCUCCGGCCUGCGCAAGAUUGGCCUCGACAAGGCCGACCGCGUCCACAUCUACGCUGCCACCAGCGCCAACUGGCUGGCGACGGCUCACGGUGCUGCCUCCCAGAGCAUGCCCAUCGUGACUGCUUAUGACACUCUCGGCGAGGAAGGUCUCAGAUACUCCAUGGUCGCCACCAAGGCCAAGGCUAUCUUCCUCGACCCCCAUCUUCUGCCUACCUUGACCAACGUCUUGGCCGUUGCCUCGUCCGUUCAGGCUGUCAUCUGGAACAGCCAGCACCAGGUCAACCAGGACCACGUGGACAAGCUCAAGGCUGCCUACCCUCACAUCAACAUUCUCAACUUUGACGAGCUCGUCAAGCUCGGCAAGGAGAACCCCGUUGAGCCCGUCCCUCCCACCGCCGAGGACCUCUGCUGCAUCAUGUACACCUCUGGCUCUACCGGUACCCCCAAGGGCGUGCCCAUCACCCACAGAUCCGUUGUUGCUGCCGUUUCUGGUGCCAGCGCUAUCGUCCAGCCUUAUAUCGGACCUGGCGAUGGUCUGCUCACGUACCUUCCUCUGGCCCACAUUCUCGAGUUCGUUUUCGAGCACGCCGCUCUCUGGUGGGGUUCCACUCUCGGUUACGGAAAUCCGAAGACCCUCUCUGAUGCCUCGGUCCGCAACUGCAACGGCGACAUCCGCGAGUUCAAGCCUAGUGUGUUGAUCGGCGUUCCUGCCGUGUGGGAAACUGUCAAGAAGGGCAUCAUUGGCAAGGUCAAUGCUGGCAGCCCCGUUGUCCGCAACCUCUUCUGGGGUGCCCUUGGCCUCAAGGAGAAGUUGAUGUAUGCUGGUCUUCCUGGCAGCGGUCUUCUGGAUGCCGUCGUGUUCAAGAAGAUCAAGGAGGCUACUGGUGGUCGUCUCAGACUGUGCCUCAGCGCCGGUGGGCCCGUCUCCAAGGAGACCCAAAAGUUCAUCAGCUUCGCCAUCGCUCCCAUGAUUAUCGGUUAUGGUUUGACCGAGACGACCGCCAUGGGUACUCUCCACAACCCCUUUGAGUGGUCUGCCGAUUCCAUUGGUGCCAUGACCGCGUCCGUCGAAGCCAAGCUUGUUGACUUCCCCGAUGCCGGCUACUAUGCCACCAACAAGCCCAACCCCCAGGGUGAGAUCUGGCUGCGCGGUCCCACAGUGCUCAAGGAGUACUACGAAAACGAGAAGGAGACGGCCGAAGCCAUCACCCCCGAUGGCUGGUUCAAGACUGGUGAUAUUGGUGAGUGGGACAAGAACGGCCACCUCAAGAUCAUCGAUCGCAAGAAGAACCUGGUCAAGACCCUCAACGGCGAGUACAUUGCUCUUGAGAAGCUCGAGUCCAUCUACCGGUCCGUACCUGUUGUCGCCAACAUCUGCGUGUACGCCGAUGCCGAGCAGGCCAAGCCCAUCGCCAUCAUCGUUCCCGCCGAGCCAGCACUGAAGAACCUGGCGGCUCAGCUUGGUAUUGAGGGCGAUAGUGUCGAGGCGCUUGUGCAUGAUAAGAAGCUGCACAGCGCUGUCCUCAAGGAGCUCCAGGCCCAGGGUCGUGCCGGUGGUCUCUCGGGCAUUGAGAUCAUUGAUGGUGUUGUUAUCGUCGAGGAUGAGUGGACUCCUCAGAAUGGCCUCGUGACCGCUGCCCAGAAGCUCAACCGCAGAGGCAUUCUUGAGAAGUACAAGAAGGAUGUCGCCAAGGCCUAUGGCAAAUAAAUCUCGCUAGCUUGUGCACCAUGUGAGGGUGAUGGAACCAAAAAAAAAACUAUGAUACCAGGAUACCACGGAUAUGAAUGAGUGGGGUUGUUUGGGGAAGACAGGGAGAGGGAUUGUUGAGCUAACACUUUGUUUGUGUGUGACUACUAUGUGUGACAUAUGGGCGUCCAAACUCUCUCUUCUUUUUUUUUUUUUUUUUAGUUUGUUUUAUCUUUGUUUCCUGCGGGUUGCUGUUUGGUCGUUGUCUGCUUUUUUUCUGCGCUGGGUCGGGGUGGGAAACGAACGUAUAGGAAAGAUGUCUGUCACGAAGCAAUGGGACUUGACUUGCGUUUUUCGGUAAUGUUUUAUGGAUGAAUGGAUGGUCAAGAGUCGAGUUGAGGAUUGCGAGGGAAGGGGACAGGGCAAGGCAGGACGGGGAAGAUUAUACCAAUGCGAAUGUUGAUUUUGUUUGUGACGCUAUCUAGGUGAACAUAUGAAGGAGUUUCCCAUGAUGGAUGUCAAUGUAGUCUAUGACGAGUGUGCUGCUUUUAUCCGUUUGUAUGUCUUUGACGCUCGCUUUGCCGGCCAAACGGGCAUCAAUCAAUUGGCGUUUACCCAGUUCCAUUUGCCCACAAGUAUGGCUCUGGCCGGCACAAUUCUCCAGCUGGGACUUUGCCUUUCAACGAACCUCAACAUGACACCUGUCUGCCUCUGUUGUGAGUUAGCUGUAUGACAAUCCAACUCGGACAUGUCUCUCUUAUAUAUAUACCAUACUUUCUUGAAACCCAAUCUUGGGGCCCCCAUCCCAAGUUGUUCACAUCAUAGCUCAGCGUCACUGAUGCCCUCGAUACCUACCUGCAUACCAAAAUGGCACUUCCUACUCACAUCAAUUCUUCGGAAUACAACACAUACCCAGUCCAUUUCCGCCUUCUCUGAUGAACCUCUGUUGAGGAUGACGUGGUGCUCACCCCGAUAGCAGGCUCCUCACCGUGCCGUCGUCAUUAGAGCCUCCUCCGACGCACCCGUUCAACCGCCCCGACGCAACCAUAGCCUGGGAGCCCGUCCGGGCCAAUGUCUAUGUCUUGACAACACGUACAAGAUGAACGACAAAGCCCUUGCACUCUCCCAGGCCGUCACCGUCACGCAAUCUCGCCGGCAUGUGGAUUCAUUCGAGAUGAGCUUUGGAGAUAAUCCUUCGUGUGACCCGUCCGAGGACAACCCAAGAACCUGAGGCCCUCCUAAAGGCCACUGCUACUCCGUCAGAAAAAGCGAGAGCGCCAAAGAGACUGUUGCGCGAAGAGUGGUUCGACUGGUUGAUGGACCGGCAGGUUGACUCGCUACCUGUGUGGACAGAGCCAGACCAGACCGGCAAACCCCAAACGACCUAAAGAAGAUUUCACUAAGACUAGGGCACCAUCGUCUCAGUUUCGACACCAUCUUUCGUGUGUAUUUUGGAGAUGCCCCCCUCGAGAGUAGUACAUUGGAUUCCCUGGCAACCAACCACCAGCGGCAACUUGCCAAUUCGCCCCUUCUCCCAGCUGAGUGGAGAGACUUCAGUCUUCAGAAACUACUUGAAUGCGGGAUCAUCGAAACCUCCGAUCCUGUGUUUGGCCCACUGGAAGAGGUUUUGCUUUGGACCAGUUUGUCAGAACGAUUCAGAUUCCAUGCCAGAUAGGUACCUACCUUGCUUGGCGGGUUGAAGAAGGGGUUGUCGCGCGCCUGGCUGGUGGUUCUCAUUGAGGUUUGAACCGCUUUCCUCAGCAGCAGGGUAUGGAGCUAUACGCUGUACACAGGCGGAGGAAAACAUUAACGAUCGGCGAGAUACCUCCAUACCUUAGGCUCAUCGAAGACAAGACGACCUGCCAGAUCUAGGCUCUGGCCUCCUUCAGUGCCGUCGCAGAGCCUCUCAGUCUGGUAUGCAGGAUACCUACAAGGGUGGAGAGUUUUGGUACACCUGGACUGUCCAACAGACUAAUGAUUUGAUGUUUCUCCUGGUCGGAUACCUACCCAGACCUAUGGGCAUAUUUUGCCGUUUGGGAUACCUUGUCGUCGAUGUCAAAACUGGCGCCUGUGUCGUCAGAUAUCCCGUGUACUCCUGGGACCCAGAAUAACAUGAAAAACACGGGCAGCACCUCGUUGACCAGUGCCCAACCUUAGCAAUGGACGAGGCGAGAACCUAACUCACUCGACUUGAGAUGGACACACGAUUUAUCCAUAUCCUAUAGACACCCUUCCCACCUUCCUAGUCUCUUAGCUCUUCCCUGGACACCAGUUCACAAGUCUCUGUAUCAAGGAGACUGAGAAUUACUCGGACUUUAUGUCCAGGUGGACACCGCGACACGCGAAUUCUUGAAG